AUGCAUGGCACACCUGAGCUUUCCUUUGCAGCAACAACUCCAGUCCUGGCAGAUAAGAAAAAGUACCCAAACUUCUUCCGCACCGUCCCGUCAGACAACGCCGUGAACCCUGCGGUGGUGAAGUUCCUCACCUUCUACAACUGGAGCCGUGUGGGGACGCUCACUCAGGAUGUACAGAGGUUCUCCGAGGUGAGAAAUGAUCUAACAAGUGAGCUGGAGAAAGCAGACAUCCAGAUUGCAGAUACGGAGAGUUUCUCCAACGACCCAUGUGUCAAUGUCAAGAAGCUCAAGGACAACGAUGUGAGAAUCAUCAUUGGCCAGUUUGACGAGAAUCUGGCCUCCAAAGUCUUCUGCUGCGCAUAUAACCUCAACAUGUUUGGCAGUAAAUACCAGUGGAUUAUCCCCGGCUGGUACCAGGGCAACUGGUGGGAGCAGGCCAACAGCACCAACUGCACCACCAAGAAGCUGCUCACAGCCAUGGAGGGAUACAUCAGUGUGGACUUUGAGCCGCUCAGCGCUCGCCAGAUAAAGGGCAUCUCAGGCAGAACCCCGAAGGAGUAUGAGAGGGAGUACAGCCGGGAGCUUCAGCAGAAAGGUGUGGAGUCCAGCAAGUUCCACGGCUUUGCCUACGAUGGGAUCUGGGUCAUCGCUAAAACUUUAACUCGAGUGAUGGAACUGCUCCGGGUAAAACAGCGUCAGAACACCUUCCACAACUUCACUGUGGAUGAUCGCGAAGUGGGGAAAAUGGUGCUGGAAGUCAUGAACGAGACCAACUUCUUUGGUGUCACGGGCCAAGUCAUGUUUCGGAACGGAGAGAGAAUGGGCACAAUCAAAUUCAACCAGUUUCAAGAGGGCAGGGAGGUGAAGGUGGGAGAAUACAACGCCAUUGCUGAUGUGCUUGACCUCAUCAACAACUCUAUAAGGUUCCAAG